AUGUCAUCUAUACAUUUACCUUCAUUUUUCCACAAUCGGAGUAGUAGUAAAAAGGAAACUAGUACUAUAUCAUCCAAACGCUCUACUCUGUCCUUCAAGACACAGCAAGAAGAUGAUUACCCGUCUUUGCACCGUUCAAGCACUACCAUUUCCAAAGUGAAACGGUUCGGUUCUCUUCUUGUGAGGAAUAAAAAGAGUGAUGAUGGUAGAUCUAUUAAAAGAGCAGACACAAUAUUUCCUCCAAGCAUUGACACAACGCUUUCUAACUCGAAUUACAGUCUGUCUGCCAUAUCUACAAACACCAAUAUAUCUUCUGAUGAAGAUGACUUGAUCACUCCCACAACAACCAACACAAUGUCUAAUCAUGACCUGUAUCAAGAUGAAGAAGAUACAGUAAUGUUGGACAUGGUCCUGCCUAACGUCAAACAGCCUGAACCUAUAAAAAUAGACUCUGUCGAAAGCAAGUCUGUGACACCUCAAGAAGAAACCAAUCAAAUUUCAACCGAAGAGGACACAAUAUCGGCUUUUGAAGAGCCUUUUGUUGGAAAACUGAUUGAUCCUAUGGCACUCUCUUCGUUAGUCCAGUUUUAUUUAAGCACAGCAAUUGAUGAAGCCGAUGUAGAGAUAGAAAGCGAACUUCAAAUAUGCCGUGACCAUAUGCUUCAUUCCAUUCGGGCCAUGCCAGCAUAUUCAUUCUAG